AUGAGUGAAAUCAACCAGAUAAAGUGCGUUUUUCUUGGAGAUAGUGGAGUAGGAAAGACAUGCAUGCUGCACAGAUACAUAAAUGGAACAUUUAUUACACCUACUUCUCCAACAAUUGGCGGUUCUUAUUUAUCAAAAGUUAUUACAUACGAAGGACAUAAAAUUGAUUUAAUGCUUUGGGAUACAGCAGGUCAAGAGAUGUAUCGUGGCCUAGCUCCAAUGUAUUAUCGCAAUGCCAAAAUUGCAUUUAUUGUUUAUGAUGUUUCUUCUGCAAAGUCCUUUGAGUCGGUUAUGUACUGGGUUGAAGAAUUAAGACAAAAUACAGGAAAUGAUAUGAUUAUUGCAAUUGUUGGAAACAAAUGCGAUCUCGAUUCUAAAAGAGUAGUUGAUUUUGAAAAAGCCGAAAACUUUGCAAAGAGCGUUAACGGUGUUUACAUAGAAACAAGUGCCAAAUCUGGUUACGGAAUUGAUCAAUUAUUCGAAACUGGAGUAAGACUCGUAAUGACAAGCGCGUCCAAGGUUAUCAAGCCGAGUGUGGAAUUAGAAAAUAAACAAGAAAAGAAGGAAGAAUCCGCUUGCUGCUAA